GUUGAUGCCAGCAGCUGGCGUCGGCUUGCACAUGCGCGAUAAUGCGGCACGUCGGACCACGCAAAGUUUCUGGUGUCGCGUGUUGACAUGCUGCGCUCGUAAUGGGACACCUCACUUUUUUUUUUUUAAUGCGCACGCUCGGCUGGACUGAUGCCACGUUCGUCAGCCUAUUUGCGAUUCUACCCGAGAACAAGCCACAGGAGAGACGCAUCAAAAGCCGCCGAGUCUAACUUCAUUUGAUCCGCCGGACGCCGACUCGCCGGCCUUGCCUUGACGCGUCUUUGAAGAAAUGCGAUCUGAAAAAAGGAGCCGCGACUAACGACUCAGGGGCGGCUGACUGUUUGGCUUCAAAGAAGUGAAGCAGUAAAUGGCAAACGCUGCCCAUGCGUCAGGUAUCAAAAGCGGACGGCAUCCAACUUAAGGAACACGCGUCAAGACUCGUCAGAAAUGUUUUUGGGAUCAACGGAGACGGCGGCGACGGACUGCUGGAGCGCGACUUACAGACUUAGAAGUGUCAGAAAGAUCACCAAGGAAUAUUCAGUGGCAACAAAGUUUUGAUGACAAAGGCUCAGGAACCGCAAAAGAUCACCCAACGAAGGACCUUGAAUCAAUGUUGACACUAACAACGGAUUGAAGAGGACAAAGCCGAUGACGAAGGAUAACAGCGACGAAAAAUACACCCAAGAACAACGAAGACCCUGACAGAGAGGAAACGGUAAACUGAAAAUCUUGCCGAACCCUCCAGAACAAAAUUCCUGCACAGAAAGGGCCGUCAAUCGUCUUUUUGGGGGCGUCAUCUCAAAGCACUCGCGUGCGAUGGCGUUAGAGGACGUGUGUAAAUCCCGAAGCCGCGCCAAGCCCGCGAGCCUGUUGGACUUUGACGUCCCGGUUGCCGAGUGUCUUCAAGAAAAUCCCCCGCGGUCCGGCACGCCGCAGAAUCCUCUGCCCUUCGAGAUGUCCCACGGCACCACCACCCUGGCGUUCACCUUCCAGGGCGGCGUGCUGGCCGCGGGGGACACCCGCUCCAGCUGCAGCGGCCGGGUCUCCUGCCCCGACGCCGAGAAGGUGAAGCCCAUCCACAGCCACCUGGUGGCUACCAGCUCGGGCACGUCGGCCGACUGCACCCUCUGGAAGCGGAUCCUGGCUCGGGAGCUGCGGCUCUACCAGCUGCGACACGGCCGCCGGGUGUCGACGGGCGGGGCCGCCAAGCUGCUGUGGCACAUGCUGCUCCCGUUCAAGGGCACCAAACUGUGCGUGGCCACCACCUUGUGCGGGUGGGACGAGAGCGGCCCCGCCAUCUUCUACGUGCACAGUGACGGCAGGCGCCUACGGGGUACGCUCUUCUCCGUGGGCUCGGGCUCGCCUUACGCCUACGCCGUGUUGGAUCAAGCGGUGGAAUCUGGGAUGACGGCGGAGGAGGCCACGCGGGUGGCGAGGGAGGCGGUGUACAGAGCCACCCACAGGGACGCCUACUCGGGCAAUUGCGUGGACAUCUAUCUCGUCACCUCGACGGGGUGGACUCGCAGGGAGCGGGAGGACUUAAAAGAAGAAUAUUACAGGGAGAGGAAAAACCGCCAAGGUGGAACAGUCUGAAUUCUGAA